AUGCAACGUCUACUCUCCAUAGGAAAUUUCAAAUUAGCAGCAGUUGUAAAACCUAUACGACCAAGGUAUUUUACUUCAGUCAAACAAUCAAAAAUUCCAUUACCUGAAGAAUGGUCUAAACUUGUAACUAAAGAACUAAAAGGAAAAGAUCCAGAAAAGGUUUUGACGUGGCACACUUCUGAGGGCAUAGAUGUCAAACCUGUAUUUACAAAAGCUGAUGUAGAAAAUGUUGCGGAUGAAGUUCCUGGAAAAUAUCCUUUUACAAGAGGUCCUUACGCGUCCAUGUAUACUGCAAGACCAUGGACUAUACGACAGUAUGCUGGAUUCAGUACAGUUGAAGAAUCCAAUGCUUUUUAUAGAAAAAAUUUAGCUGCGGGUCAACAAGGUUUAUCAGUUGCUUUCGAUUUGGCUACACAUCGAGGAUAUGAUUCUGAUCAUCCUCGUGUGGUAGGAGAUGUAGGUAUGGCUGGUGUAGCAAUUGACUCAGUUGAAGACAUGAAGAUUCUUUUUGAUGGUAUACCUUUAAAUAAAAUGUCAGUAUCAAUGACAAUGAAUGGUGCAGUUUUACCAAUUUUGGCAAUGUAUAUUGUCACUGGUAUAGAACAAGGUGCACAGUUAAAAGAACUUUCUGGCACUAUCCAAAAUGAUAUUUUAAAAGAGUUUAUGGUUCGUAACACCUUUGUUUAUCCUCCUGAACCAUCCAUGAGGCUUAUUGGUGAUAUAUUUUCUUAUAUUGCAAAGCAUAUGCCAAAAUAUAAUUCCAUUUCUAUAUCAGGAUAUCAUAUGCAAGAAGCUGGAGCUGAUAAUGUACUUGAAUUGGCUUUUACAAUUGCUGAUGGUUUGGAAUAUAUCAGAACAGGCAAGGAUGAAUUUUUACAUGCAAAAAUGCGAGCAGCUAGACGUUUAUGGGCACAUAUGGUAAAUGAAAAAUUUCAACCAAAAAAUCAAAAAUCGUUGAUGUUACGUACGCAUUGUCAAACAUCUGGAUGGUCACUUACAGAACAAGAUCCGUAUAAUAAUAUUGUACGAACAACUAUUGAAGCGAUGGCAGCAGUACUUGGUGGCACGCAAUCUCUUCACACAAAUUCAUUUGAUGAAGCUAUUGGACUUCCUACAGAGUUUUCGGCGAGGAUUGCCCGGAAUACACAAUUGAUUCUUCAAGAAGAAGCAUUUAUACCCAAGGUCGCUGAUCCAUGGGGUGGCAGUUAUAUGAUGGAAAGUUUGACUAAUUGUGUUUAUGAGUCUUCGAGAGAAAUUAUUGAAGAAGUUGAAAGCAUGGGUGGUAUGGCAAAAGCCGUUGCGAGCGGUUUACCCAAAUUAAAAAUUGAAGAAAGUGCAGCUCGACGGCAGGCUAGAAUUGAUUCUGGACAGGAGACAAUUGUGGGAGUUAAUAAGUAUCGUCUCGAAAAAGAAAUUGCAGUUGAAGCUCGAGCCAUUGACAAUAGCAAAGUAAGAGAUGGACAAAUAAAGCAUAUAAAUGAAAUGAAAGCUAAAAGAGAUCCUGUCCGGGCUCAAAAAUCUUUGGAUGCUCUUACUGAAUGUGCAAAAACAGGAGAUGGAAAUUUACUUGAAUUAUCAAUAGAAGCAGCAAAAGCAAGAUGUACAGUUGGUGAAAUAUCUUACGCAUUAGAAAAAAUAUGGGGUCGUCAUGAACCUAGUAGCAGAGUUGCUAGUGGUGCUUACAAAUCAGCAUAUGGAGAAGCAGAUGAAGCAGAAGAAACCAUUAGAUUAGUCAAAGAAACAGGAGAAAAAUUAGGUGUUAAUCCCAGAAUUUUAGUGGCAAAAUGUGGUCAAGAUGGACAUGACAGGGGAGCGAAAGUGAUCGCCUCGGCAUUUAGUGAUUUCGGAUUUGAUGUUGAUUUAUCACCAUUAUUUAGUACUCCGGAGGAAGUUGUACGUCAAGCAAUUGAUAAUGAUGUACAUGUUAUUGGUAUAUCAUCACAAGCAGCCGGUCACAAAACACUUGUACCAGCCGUAAUCCAAGAACUUCAUCGAUUAGGUGUUAAUGAUAAAAUUGUGGUGGUUGGUGGUGUAAUUCCGCAUCAAGAUUAUCAAUUUUUAAAAGAUGCUGGUGUAAGUUCUAUCUUUGGACCAGGCACAAAAAUUCCUGAAGCCGCCAAAGAAGUUGUUUUAAAAAUACAAGAUGUGAUACGGAAAGAUGAUCAUGCUUCUUCUAAUACUUUAUGA